AAGUAGGCCAACAUGUUUCCGUGUCGCUGUAGACCGAGGCCUCCUACUGGCUGGCUUCUGGAUCAAGGGACUUAGUUUAACGACUAGUGUCAACCGUACGCCGAGAGUGAAACAUUUCCGCAAUGGAGUUUGUUUCAACCUGGGCGGCAAGCGUACAUUGGCGCCGAACGUCACAUCUGCCUCGGGGACAACCUUCUUGUUGGCGUGCUUUGCCUCGUGGCGAGCAUGAUCCUUCAUUUCGCCAGUCGCCCCCUUCGAACAAGGGUCUUUUGAUGGAUGGGUGGGGACUGCGUUGUGUAAGUUUGACGAAAAAAGGCCCCCCCAGUCAACACGCUAACCCUUUUGUUGCCUCGCGAUCGAGAACAAGCCACUCCGUUUCAACGGUCUCUUCCCAAAAUGGAUCACCGGCACAACUUCCCUUUUCAUCGCGUGGCUUUCGAGCUGGGCGAAGUUUAGAGCCCAUCACGAAAUGUUACAUCGCUCUAGGGCCUUGCUCAUGCGUAUGUGCACGACUAAACAAAAAUACAACCAACCUCUACAUCCCUGGCGCGCAUUCCACGGUUCCCAGAUUAGCGUGUUUCGGUGAUUGGUGACGUACAGAAGAAUCGGUGUACCGUCGAGAAAGGCGUAGGCUAACCAUGCAGCCUGAGUCAAGAGCGGUGGCAAACGGUGCCCAAAAAUAGGAGACACAAAGUACGCUUGUUAGGGUGUGUGGCUUUUUUUUACCCGAGGCGACAAGCUGCCUGCAUGUGUUCCGUCAGGCAUCAGUAAGAACGAAUACAACAGGCAAGCCCUAGCAAACAAACCUCCAAAGGCAAUUCAGCAGGUAGCCGCUUUUUUGUCAGAUCCGAAUGCGCCGCGGACAAUUCCUGGAGAUGGACCGCAGCCUUGUAUCACAGGUCAGCGCUGCCUUGCCGAUGGAACAUGGACUAGAGUGGCUGCCGACGGGCUUAGUCCGAAUCCACUGCAACUAAGGUUUAGGUUGUAGGGGAACAGUGGUUCGCCAAGCUACCCGCACCUCCAAGGAUGGCCAUGCACGGCGAAGGUGAGGAGGCCUAGGCGUCACCGGAUCCGUGGCUUUGAUUGCCUGUUCCAGAAUGUAACCAUCUCCAACGAAGCCCUGCGGAACGAAAGAAGGCUACCUUCGGUUUCCAAGCCAUGAGAUUUCCGCGCGGUGAAGGGCCGCACAGAUGCCUAGACCUCUAGCGUCAUCUUGCCAAUCUUGCUUGAGGAGUCCUAUCCAUUGGGUAAUGAUAUUUGGUAGCGAAAUGAGCUUCAGGCAUCGGCCAAUUUCCUGCCCUUUUGCUCGGCGCUGUCACCGUUUUCUGCUUCCUCACCGGUCUAGAGUAGUGUCCGCAUGACUCAGUUGAUGCUUUGGGCAAGAUUCCGUGCUGCUGAACGGACCCGAUGCACGGCCGUUGCUGAUAUGGCGCGCUCGUUCCCCCUCCGAUCAAGAUUGCCUGCCAGCUGCCGCACCUGCCGUGCCAAUUUGCCGGCUGUCAGAAAUGACAGAACUGGCGGAGUCUUAUGUCAGCUGUGAACUAAGAUUCGCAUCUCGGGGAAUAUUUAAGUCUAUUUUGGUCGCUUACGAUAUCCGGGUUCUACUAAAGCCAGCACAAUAACUUUUUUUGCUACCACGGUGGCUCACCUGCAAUUUCCUCAUGAAAUAUGCAGUUGACCGUCUAACAUUAAUAAACUCGAUAAUAUCCUCGCAUAAAUCAGUAAUCGUAGAAGCCCUUUCCGCUCUUCUUGCCAAGCCAUCCCGCAUCCACCAUCUUGCCAAGCAAGACGCUGGGACGAUACUUUGAGUCUCCAGUCUCGGUAUAAAGAACCUUCAUGAUGGCCAAACAAGUGUCUAGGCCGAUGAAGUCCGCCAGCUGCAGGGGACCCAUGGGAACGUUGGUUCCAUUUUUCAUAAUGGCAUCAAUGGAGUCGCGGUCACCGACGCCUGUUUCGAGGCAGAUGACUGCUUCGUUGAUGUAAGGCAUCAAGAUACGGUUGGCCAAGAAUCCGGGAGAAUCAGCGGAUACGGAGGUGAUCUUGCCCAUCUUCUUGCAAAACUCUACGGCUGUGUCGAGAGUUUCCUUGCUAGUUUGAAGACCGCUGAUGAUCUCAACGCCCUUCUGCACAGGAACAGGGUUCAUGAAAUGCGUUGAGACAACGCGAGAAGACGCAGAGGUAUCGGUAGGGUCGGUCGUGGUAGCAGCAGCAAUGCGUGUAAUGGAAAUCGACGAGGUGUUGGUUGCAAGGAUAGCAUGAGGGGCGCAAAUCUUGGCCAACUUUGCGAAGAUGUCGAACUUGAGCUGAGGAAUCUCGGGGACAGCCUCAAUGACAAAGUCAACAGUCGACAGGUCUUCCAUUGCCGUUGUUGUGCUCAACAUAGACCGAGCCGUAUCAGCCUGCUCCUGUGUAAUUCUCUGCUUUGUCACAUCCUUCGCCAGAAGCUUCUCUAUAUUGACAUGUCAGCUAGUCAAUCCGCCAGCAUAUCACUACUUUCCGAUUUACCUGCAAAGGCAAUACCCUUGGCCAAAGCCUUGUCGGAAGUAUCAACCAAGGUGACGGGCACACCAGCCUUCUGGGCCACUACGAGAGCAAUACCGAGACCCUAUCAGCUCGAGAUUAGCAGUAGCCACGUGCGGUUUAGUCUGCGGAUUCGUACCAUCUGGCCAGCGCCGAUAACGCCGACCUUGUUGACUUGGGCAGCGUACAUGCGAGGUGACGAGCUGAAGGAGCGCGCCUGGCGCGCAGCAUUCAAUGCGUGCAUACGGAGGAGUGCUGAUGUCAUUGUGUCUAAUUUUUUGUUCGCAAUUGGCGAUUGGCGAUGCGAAAUGGAAAAUGUCGCUGGUUAGCUCGCCAGGCGUCGUGAUGGGUAAGGUCAAUUGCGGGUAACCUCGGUCUUGGAGCGUAACGAGCCACGCUAAGCCGGACCGCCACACACCACUGUGGCUCAAAUCACUUAACGCGCCACUCCGAGUGAAAGCAGCUGCGCCGACGCGUCUCCGUCGCGUACCAGAUGCCCCAUCUAGCAUACAUUCACAUUGUACAGUAUCAAAGCAGCAACAUUGUUUGCCAGCGUCCGCCUAAAAACACCAUUGGAGCGCCAUCCAGGCACAUUGCUUAUUGUGAGAAAUUCGCCCAUCAUGGAGUUGGCUGAUGGUACUGUGGACAUUGUCCAUCCCGAAGUCCGGGCACAUAUUACAAGCUUAGUAUCUGCUCUCGGUGGUAUCAAUCCAGAUGACGACGGAAAAUACCAAUUAGGUGACGAUGCGUUAGAGGUUCUUCGCGAUCUCAAACGAUGGAUUCGCUUCUACGACGAAAAAACGAACCGUAUGGACGUUGCCCGCUGCAUCCUUGAAGCAAACUUAAUCGAAGGCGAUCUACUUCCCAUACUGGCGACAUGGGGAGAGAAUUCGACAGAAAAUAAAUUCCGAUCACGCAUAGCCCUCUCCUGUUUCGAGCUGAUGGUACCCUUGACAUGGCCUAUCGAAAAGGAUCGCGAGACAAUGACUAUCAACCACCAUCGCCAUACACCUGUGCUUGAGCUGGCUCAAGUCCAAUACAAGAGAGCUAUUAUAAACUUUGAUGGCUCCAGAAUCCUACAUGCUGCUGUUAGAGCUGCGUUGCCAGCAAUAGCCAUACCCAGUGGCGACAGAUCGACUCGUGAUCAGGGUGUUAUUAAACUAGUCCUCUUCUUCCUCCGCAAUAUCGCCUUGAUUAACCCUGCGGCAGACAUGCAGUUUGAAGGAGAUGAGUCGCAAGUCUCUCGAUCUGCUACCAUUGAUGCAUUCUCCUACCAAGAUAUCCUUAUGUUCCUCCUUACCUUGUCAUCCAACAUGGGCGAUGAUUUCCGUACUGAAGACACCAUCGUCAUGGAAAUCAUAUACCAUUUGGUAAAACAAGUUGACAUCGAACGCUUUUUUAUGGAUGAGCAGCAGCUAAGCAAGGCCAAGGCGACCGAACUAUCAUCAAUGAUGCACAAGGAAGACUCAAUGCUCAAAGCAUAUAACCGCAAAGGCCCGACACGACACAACCGUUUUGGUACCAUGAUCUGGGUUCAGCGCGAAGACGGCAAAAUGAGCUCGCUAUCGGGCCAAGAUGCUCUCGCCGAUGCUUCCGUCAGAAACAAGAAGAUGGAUGAAUCAAAAACAUACAGACCUCCAAAACGCCAAAGAAAAGACAACAAGGACGAACGCGAUCUGGGCCUUCCAGCGCCUCUGACAGCUAGCGCGAGAAAACAGCUUCGCCAAUUUGUUGAAGAAUUUCUUGAUUCUGGUUUCAAUCCUCUUUUUUCGCACGUUCGUCGUACAAUAGACCGUGAAGCAUCGCAUUUGAUGCAGCAGAACCGUCGCCAAUUCUUCUACCUGGUCGCCUGGUUCCUCGAAGCCGAGCGUUAUAGAAGGAAGAAUGCAGCCGCCAAUAAACAAAAGCCAAGCGAAGAGGUCGGUAGUUUCAACCUGGUGGCGGGUGUGUUGAACCAAGAAAUGUUUAUUACUCUGAAUAAAGCUUUGCAUGAUUCGUAUGAAUUCAAAGACUGGGCGGAGCUUGCAGCUGUCAUGCGCUGCUUUACACAGAUUCUUCAAACUGUUCAAGAGAUGUCAGAACAAGGGACGGAUGACGAUAAGGACAUCGCUGAAAACGUCUUGAGCCGACUGUUUUAUGAAGAAGCAACACAGGAUAUGGUAGCCAACAUUGUAAGGACUUAUAAAGACCAAAGCUUCGAGUAUCUAGAUGCUGCCACUGAACUUUGCCACCAUUUCUUGCGAACAUUGGAGCAGUACUCAAAACAAAACGCCGAAAUGCAAAUUCGAUCUCGCAGACGGGCUCGGCAAAAGACAAAGGAUCAGGCUGCUGAUGACAAUGGUGCCGCCAAUGAUGACUCUGGUGAGGAUGAACCUAGUGUGGAGCGCAUAUCCAAAGAGCGAACGUUCGACUUCAAGCGAUUUGCUGUGAAGUUUACUCCUCAGGGCGCAGUUGACACUUUCGCGACUUUCUUGAAAUACUAUCAAGAGCUCAACAGCGUGCAACUGAAACGUGCGCACAGAUACUUCUAUCGUCUUGCUUUCAAGCAGGAUAUGGUUGUCAUGUUGUUUCGUGUGGACCUGAUUCGUCUAUUUUACACCAUGAUAAAGGGGACUGAUGCGCUAGACAAGUCGAACCCAAUGUUCAAAGAUUGGGAAGAGCUUGUGAAGCAAAUCCUGCGCCGCUGUGUCAAAAAGAUAGAGGAACGUCCCGAAACACUCGUGGAAAUGCUCUUCAGCAAAAGUAGUAGCACUGCAUUCUUCCUCGAGUAUGGCUUCGAGAAGCAAACUACUUCAACCAAAGCUCAAGCGAAGCCUGCCACUGAACUGGUGUUCAAGAAUACGGAGGAGCGUGAUCGCCAGAUAGCCAUUGUCAUCGGUGCCAUGAUUGAUAAAAACCAAACAGACCACAUCGGGUGGAUGAAGAACAUUGUAGCCGACGCCGAAUCAGAGAGGCGUUCAUGGGCUGCAGCCAACGAUGCUUUGGCUGAUUCGUUUGUUGAAGAUGACGAAGGUGCUAACGCGGCUGAGCCGAAGAAGUCGCCAUUAAUAUACGUGCAAUCCGAUACCGCGGAGCGCAAGACCGCCAUUUUCAAAAACUCGCACUUGCGUCUACUUAUGACUCUCUGUGGUUGUGAACGAGACCAAAUCGAAGAGAGCCCAGAAACGGUAUGGAUUAUUCCGUCCGAUAUUACUGCCGACCACUUGAAGGAUUCCCUACACUUCAUUAGCCAGGCGGAAUUCUCUCCUCCCACUUUUGAAGAUGGCAGUUCCGCCGAGCAGCAACUCAAACGCAAAUCAGCACCGCGCAAAAAGGCCGACUUUGACGAUGAUAAUGGAGAUGACAUGGGUGACUUUCUCGAUGAUGGUAUCUUUGCCCCCGGUGGUCCUACUGCACGCAAGGCGAUCGACGAGGACAGACCGGCUACCAAGAAGACGAGACGCAAGCGUCGUGGUAGCCAAGAAAUCGAUGACAGUGUCUUGGAAGAGAGGGCUCAAAAGCGUCGCGAACGCGAACGCGAAAAGGCCUCCAAAAUCAAGUCUGCUCUGUUUGUCAAAGACGGUGAUGAUGAGUUUGAUUCGGAAGAAGAUGAAGAAUUCUUUGCAAGGGAACGGGCUAUUAAAGCUCGUGCUGAAGCAGCUGCCCAAUCUGCUCAUACGAAUUACAUGGAUAUCCCAACGACCGCCACAGCAACUAAGAAGCGCAAGUCGAUGGCUUUGACACAAGAGACAAAUGAUUCUGAAUCAGACGACGAUCUGGAUGAUAGAGACGGCCAAGAGAGCUCCGGGCACAAGGCAUUGAGCAGCCAAGAAUCGGUGGAUGCGAGUGAAACCGACAACACUCCAGUCGAGCAAAGUGAAGAUGAGAGCCGGAAGCGCAGGCGACUAAGCCCAGACGAAGAUGACGCCGCUGUAGAUGCAGAUGCAACGAUGCAGGACGCAGACGACAUCUCUAAGAAUGCAGGAGAAGAUGAUGAUGAAGCUCCCUUAACGGCAAGACGUCCAAGAGUACGUGGUGGUUUCGUAAUUGAUAGUGAUGAUGAUGAAUAAGUGUUCACUUCGGGUUGAGAGGGUUGGCGUUUGAGGAUUUAGCAUUGGGAAAUUAGCAUUUACACUAUAGGAGCCAAUAUAAGUAUAUAUAUAUAUAUAUAUAUAUAUAUAUAUAAUAUGGUAUAACGUGGGUCACGGGCGAGUGACG